AUCACGGACAUCGGUCCGGAGGAUGUGAUCGUUGGGUUGGACUGGCUACGUGAGCACAACCCCGAAAUCAACUGGGAGGAAGGCUCCCUAAAGUUAUCCCGAUGCCCUGAAAUUAAGGUACUCCCGGACUAUGAACCCGAAGAAGAUCCGGCGGAAGUAGAGUGGGAUGAAGCCAAUUUGAUCGAAGCCUGGGAGCAAGGUAUCACACUUCCUGGUGCCCCUCAGCUGUUCAUUGCAGCCGGGCACACAUACUCC